CUUAGUAUAGUAUAUAUAGAUUUUCCCUGUAGCUCUUUCUUCUCCCUUCUCUUCCUUUUUUUUCCCUGUAUUGAAAAAAGAAUAAUAAAAAAAAAAACUCUUUGGUUUCUUCUCCUUCGCUUCUUCUGCGGAUUUUACUGUUAUAUGCCUUCAUUGCAAGCAUUCCUAUUUUCUCUCUCUACUUCUUCUUCUUCUCCCACUUUCUCUCACUAAACUGUUGCCGUCGCUUCCUUCUUGCACUGUGAAUUCCGAUUAUCUUCUCUUCAUCACCAUCGUAUAUUCUCUCAUUCUCCGUGGAUCUUUUUUUUUUUUUUUUUUUUUUAUUUUCUGAGCCUCAAAGGACAUUUGAGAUCUUGUUGACUCGGUCUACCUUCCAGAAGUAUUUGUGGGGGUAUCCGGGAGAACUGUGGCUGCCUUUAGAUGAUAGCUUCCCGUUGCAGCUUGUAGAGGCUGCAGUCAAGCAUGUUGAUAAUUCUCUGGUUGAUCUUUAAUCACUCGUACAUUGAGAACUGGGUCUGUAGUGUGAUAUUCUACUAUAUGCAGUAUAUAUACAGUAACAUAUGCCUACAAGCAAGCCAGAAACACUGUUGUGACAGUGUAGAAACCUCUUGUUCGCUGUUGCGAGUCAAUUAAGCAGAAAUUGCUUUCUAAUUUCUUGUAAAGAUAAAUGGAAAGGUACAAAAUUUUGGAAGAGCUUGGUGAUGGAACUUGUGGAAGUGUAUAUAAGGCCAUCAACAAGGAAACUUGGGAGAUUGUUGCUGUCAAAAAGAUGAAACGGAAGUUCUAUGACUGGGGAGAGUGCAUAAGUCUACGAGAAGUUAAGUCUCUCCGUAAAUUGAAUCAUCCAAAGAUCAUCAAGUUGAAGGAGAUAGUUCGCGAAAAUAAUGAGCUGUUUUUUAUAUUUGAAUUCAUGGAACACAACCUGUAUCAAAUAAUGAGAGAAAGGCAAAUGCCAUUUUCAGAGGAAGAGAUUCGAAACUUGAUGCGUCAGGUGUUGCAAGGACUUAGUUAUAUGCAUAGAAAUGGAUACUUCCAUCGAGACUUAAAACCUGAAAAUUUGUUGGUGACGGGGGAUACCAUAAAAAUCGCUGACUUCGGAUUGGCUAGAGAGGUGGCAUCCCAGCCUCCAUAUACUGAUUAUGUCUCUACUCGAUGGUACCGGGCGCCUGAAGUGUUGUUGCAAUCUUCAUUCUACACUCCUGCUAUUGAUUUGUGGGCAAUUGGUGCUAUAUUUGCAGAACUUUUCACUUCUGCUCCAAUCUUCCCUGGUGAAAGUGAAAUAGAUCAGCUAUACAAGAUCUGCUGUAUUCUUGGUAGACCUGAUUGGAGUGUCUUUCCUGAAGCAAGGAACAUUUCGAAUUUGGUUGAAAUUAGUUAUUUUGAGGUUAUGCCAGUCAAUCUUUCUGAGAUUUUUCGCAAUGCAAGUCCAAAAGCUGUGGACUUGAUUAAGCAACUUCUUUCAUGGGAUCCAACAAAAAGGCCUACAGCAGAUCAAUGCUUACAACAUCCAUUUUUUCAUGUUGAUCUGUGGAUACCUCAUUCACCUGCAGAUCCGCUUCAGCUAACUCUAAGCAACUUUGGUUCAAGUCCAAAUCUUGAAUUGAACCUCUGGGACUUUGGCUCUCAAAAUGAUGAUUGUUUUCUUGGAUUGAGUUUGGCUGUGAACCCCAGUGUUUCAAGCUUUGGUAAGGCUUUCAUAAUUAUGAUAGUCACAUUCUUUUUAAUUGGAAGUUUGCAUCUAUUGUGAUCUUUAACAGUUUGGUACCUACUAGUUGUGAUAGACUUCUUUUAGGAUAUUUGCCCUUUAAUUUGAAUUAUGAUAAACAAUAACAGAUCUUGGUUUCGUUACAUAGAAUCAUCUAUUGUUGUUUCUUAUUUGUUUAUUUAGCCAGAUGAUCAUUGCAGAAUUCUAAUUCUCUCUUCUGCUGUAACCAUAUAUGCAUAGAAGCUGGAAAUUUAAAUGUUAAUUUUGUUUGAACUUGAGUUUUCUUUUCCAUUUUACCUUUUCUGUUUUAUCGCCUUUAUUUUUCUAUGCUAGUUUUGUUUCUAGCCUUUUGGGGGCUACCUUUUGCCUGGACCUGCACAAGGGAGCUUCAGUGGAACUGGACUCGCCUUUUUCUUCAAUGGAUCUUUUCAAAUGAUAUUGUAUUUGAUAUUUGUGCAGAUUUAUUUCCUGGAGAAUUGGUGCAUAAGACUCAAUGCGAAAAGGAGGUGAGUAUAGUAGGUACUCUUAAGUUUCAUACAAGAUACCUGUGAUGUCUACUGAUGAUAACGCAAGACAUGAUGACCUGCAGGAUAUGCUGGUUUACCCAGGUUGUCAAGAUGACUCCAAGAAAUCAGGUACAUGACACAUUUCUGGUUCUACUGAAAUUGUAUUUUUUUAAGUAAAAGAACGAGGAUAUAUAGGAAGAAUUGUUAUUCUGGUCUUUUUUCAUUUGAAGAAUUGUGCCAAUCAAAUGCCUCCUUCUCCGCCUCAGUUUUUUGGUCCCUCCUACCUCAUGAAGACCACAGAAUCUCGACACCUGUGGAGUCUUCCUUAUCAUUAUCAUUCAGGUUGCUUAUGAGCUCAAAUAGAAUGAAUAAGUUUUGCUUUCAGCUGCAUCUUUGUCUCCAGUUCAUAUUUGAAUGUAUUCGUUACUUUGUUUAAUGUGUUUCCUCCUGUAUGCAGUACACUCUCGAAUCCAUCAAAUGGAGUUCCACAGUCAACUGGAUUUGCCAUUGCAUCAUUGCAAUCUAACAUUCUAGAUCGCCCAUUGCUUGCCAUGUCCUCCCCUUUUCAACAGGGACGUUGCCCUUGAAUGAUGGAGCGCAUCCGUUGCUGAUUGAAUAAGAGACGGAUUUUAGUUAUUAGCUGUAGCUGUUACAUUCUGAUAUUCAUACUUCAUAGUACAAAUUGCAUAUAUAGGAAGUUGAACUUGGCUAUGUGCUACUAGGAAGACUUUCUAACCCGUAUCUUUGAGGAUACUGUUGGAAAAGACAUUCUUAUAAUCAUGUAGAUACUUAUAUUGAAACAGCUAAUAACUAAAGUUGUGCCAAUAAGAAUUGUUCUUUCUGAUCGUUUCAAAACCUGAGUUUGAGCAACUUCCGGAAGAGUAAAUCGUUUUUCAUAACCAG